AUCAAGCUAGCUCAUCCCUAAAUAUAUGACAGUCUUGCAGCUGAACUGAAGAAUAAUCCAAAUCAAAGAUGACAGAGAAAGAAGUCGUCCUCCCUAUGACCAUGAAUGGUCUCAGUCAAAGCGCAACAGGAUCCAAUAAUUCUCCUCCUAAUAAGAAAAAACGAAAUCUUCCCGGAAACCCAGAUCCAGGAGCUGAAGUGAUCGCUCUAUCGCCAAAGACUCUGAUGGCAACAAACAGGUUUGUCUGUGAAGUGUGUGGGAAAGGGUUCCAGAGAGACCAAAAUAUGCAGCUUCACAGAAGAGGGCACAAUCUGCCAUGGAAGCUAAAGCAAAGGAGCAGCAAAGAAGUGAGGAAGCGGGUGUUCGUCUGCCCGGAAAUGAGUUGCGUCCACCACCACCCGUCCCGGGCUCUCGGCGACCUCACCGGAAUCAAGAAGCACUACUUCCGGAAGCACGGCGAGAAGAAGUGGAAAUGCGAAAAAUGCUCAAAGCGCUAUGCUGUGCUAUCUGAUUGGAAAGCCCAUUCCAAGACUUGUGGGACUAAGGAAUACAGAUGUCACUGUGGUGCUCUUUUCACUAGGAAGGAUAGCUUCAUAACGCAUAGGGCGUUUUGUGAUGCAUUAGCAGAGGAGACAGCAAGACUAUCUGCAGCUUCCCAUGUUCAAAACAUGAACUACAACUUAAUUCUCAGGCCAUCAAUAAUUAGCAAUAUUGAGGAAAAUAUGAACCAAAUAAUGCAAGGGAAAGAGCAGCUUCUUCCACUAUGGAUGAGUAAGGAACCAUCUCAAGGACAAGAAAGAUCAUCAUCAUUUAUGUUUCCUAAUAGUUCUAGCAACCUCCAUCAAGAAUUCCAAUCAUUUUGUUCUGAUCCUCAUAGUAUUGUCACUUCCUGCUCAGACCCUAAUCCUGAAUCCAGAUUCCAAAUGAAUUGGGAUCUCAUUGGGUACAAGGUUGAUUCCUCAAACAAUACUAAUCAUAACAAUGCUGAUGAUGAGGAUGAGGAGUUGGAAGGAAAUGUGAUUAUCAAGGAGAAUGUGAAUCACAUGCAGGCUCAGGUAGUCACUUUGCCAUCCUUGUUUAGGAACAAGUUCCAUAACCGGUCAUCGUCCUCUUGCCAAACGCAGCCCGUCACGACAAACAUGUCGGCAACCGCUUUGCUACAGAAGGCUUCUCAAGUUGGAUCCACCACAAGUACUGACCCUUCAUUGUUCCUAGGAAGCCUAGGUUUAAAGUUUGACAGCAAUCAUGUUAUUCAUCAUCAACAUUAUGCCAGUAAGUUUUCAGCAGGAGUAUUAUCAUAUGAAGCAGCCUCAUCAGUUGUCAAUGGUCAUCAUAAUGAUAUGGAGAGCUCAGUGAAUAAUGUUUUCUCAGCUUGGGACCAAGCCCAGAUGUACCCCUCUAAGCGCAGGUACAUACAGAAUGAAGAUAGCACAGGAGGAGGAGGGCAAACUAGGGAUUUCUUGGGAGUUGGAGUACAGUCAUCAGUCUGCAACCCUUCAUCGGUUAAUAGUGGAUAUGAUCAUAUGGGAAGAAAAGAAAGAAAAGCUAAUGAGCUGCUGACAACAAAGUGGAGAGGGAUGUACGUGGAAAAUUAAAAGAGAGAGUUUGAAUAUAAUAUUUGGCAAGCUUUGAAGGGCAGAAAAGGUGGCAUUUGAGUGCUGGAAAGGGCAAAUAAAAGUUGGUCUUUGGAAAAAGAGGCUUAUAAUAUCCAAGCUAAGCUAAGUGUUGAUCAAUCAAAGGAGCUGAUGGAGAGAGAUCCCUGCAUAUUCUGCUGAACCAUCCUCAAUAUGGGUGUUCAGUUGUCUUUAUAAAAUGGUGGCUUUAAUCUUCAUGUUAAAAGGGAAGUGGAGCAGCGGGACAAAGCAAAAGGGACCCCAACCUUUUCAACUCCAUUAUUGCUGUUUUUCAUAUUUGUUCUAGCUUUUAGGUACUUUUUCAUAUUUUUUUCAUAUUUGUUCUAGCUUUUAGGUACUUGUUAACUCCAAUUCAAUUCUCUAGAUGCAAUCGUAACUACGUAGUAUAUUAUAUUUAUGCCAAAAGUCCACAAGGCAAUUAUUGCCCUCUAGCUUAGCCAGUAAGUUUCUUUUCAUGCUUAUUAUUAGUAUUAUAAAUGGCAUUUUCGCCAAUUAAACAUAUGGAGUAUUUAAUUUGUUGCAUCAACUAAAGAUGGAAAAUACGUACAGAGUAUAA